GAGUUGAAAUACAAUUGUCUGUAGCUUGCACUGUUGCAAGGUUCAUUCCGUAACGCCUGAGAACAUGCUCCUUCAAGGGGUUUUACGUCUUCUCUGGGCGUUUGCGGUUUACUUGUGCCAUAAUUUACGUCUUCUCCUGCCGGAGGCGUCUGCUGCGUGGCACAGUCAACUGCGUUGUAUAGACCUUUUUAGGCCGCAGUUGAGUUCAAAAGGUGCGGCGGCGAGAUCGAAUCAAGCGGAGCGUGAGCGUAGCGUACCCAUGGCGAUGGCGCUGCGUCGUCGGCUGCUGCUGCUGCUUCCUCUCCUCUUCCUCGUCGUCUUAGUUCAGCGGCCGCAUAACUGCGUGGCCAGUGGCGGAGGCGGAGGGGAGCCGGCGGAGUUCGAGAUCCCUCGGGACGGGAGCGUGCUGGAGCUUGACGAGAGCAACUUCGAGGCGGCGGUGCGCGCCGCCGAAUUCCUCUUCGUCGACUUCUACGCUCCCUGGUGCGGUCACUGCAAGCGCCUCGCCCCGCAGUUGGAUGAGGCUGCUGUAGUCCUAGCUGGACUGAGCACGCCUGUCGUUGUGGCUAAAGUAAAUGCCGACAAGUACAGGAAGCUCGGCUCUAAGUACGGGGUAGAUGGGUUCCCUACUUUGAUGCUGUUUGACCAUGGAGUACCCUCGGAGUACACGGGUUCAAGGAAGGCUGAUUUGCUUGUUGAGAACCUUAAGAAGCUUGUUGCACCUGAUGUUUCUGUGCUUGAGUCAGACUCGUCAAUCAAAGGCUUUGUUGAAGCCGCUGGCAUCAAUUUUCCAUUGUUUAUUGGGUUUGGAAUGGAUGAGUCAUUGAUUGUUGAAUAUGGAGCAAAGUAUAAGAAGAAGGCAUGGUUUUCAACAGCAAAGGAUUUCUCCGAGGAUAUGAUGGUUGUGUAUGAUUUUGACAAGUUUCCGGCGUUGGUUUCUGUUAACCCAAAAUAUAAUGAGCAGAGUGUAUUCUAUGAUCCAUUCGAAGGAACUUUUCUGGAAGAUUUUAUCAGGCAAUCCCUACUGCCUGUGACUGUGCCCGUAGAUAGAGAGACAGUGAAGUUAUUGAAAGAUGAUGGGAGGAAAGUUGUUCUUACAAUUUUGGAGGAUGAGUCCGAUGAAAAUUCUCCACAGCUAAUAAAAGUGUUGAGGUCUGCAGCCAAUGCAAACCAUGAUUUAGUGUUCGGAUAUGUGGGAGUCAAGCAGUGGGAGGAAUUCUCUGAGACUUUUGAUGUGAAGGUUCCGCAGCUGCCAAAGAUUAUUGUCUGGGAUACAAAAGAGGAGUACGAAGUGGUUGAGGGUUCAGAGAGUCUCAGAGAAGGUGACUAUGGAUCCCAAGUUAGUCGUUUUCUAGAGGGAUAUAGGGAAGGAAGAACAAUAAAGAAGAAAGUGGGUCGUGGUUCCCCAACACUGCUCGGCCUUAAUGCCAUAUACAUUCUCAUCUUCCUGGUCGCCGUUCUUGUUGUUUUGAUGUAUUUUUCUGCGCAAGGCGAGGAGGAUCAUCAGCCAAGAAGAGGAAGAGCCCAUGAGGACUGAGACUGACAGUAUAGCAGCAAUCUGAGACAACUUUAUAUUCAAGGCAUUGAUACCGAGGCUGCGAGUUAUUUUUGAGGAGAUAACAUCUGAUGAGAAAAAUUUCCUGAUCUUCAUUUCACGUUCCCUAGGGUCAGAGUUUUAGUUUUUGUUGCAGAGCUAUGUAUGACCUCCCCACAUUUCUCUUGAAUCCUUGAAAUUUUUGGACUUGCACUUGAGAAUCGGGUUUCCUCAAGUUUGUACCAUUGUAAUUAUUCGGCACUUUGUAAUAUAACAUUCAUGUGUUAUAUCUGAGACCUUUGGAGCAACGAGUUCUACA